AUGCAGGAGUUUGUUUUUAGAACCGAGUUGCUGGAGCAACAUACUGGCCAUGAGGGCGGGCGCGCUUUUGCCAUAUCCGUUCUCAGAAGUGAAAAGAUCCUGAACCAGCGGCUGCAUCGCAACAUGCCAGAGACGUUCCAAGAUAGGGUUGAUGCGAUAUACCACUUAUUAGAACAAGCAUAUGCAUAUCAAACCCGGACAAAACUUCAUAAGGGCGCCGGAAUAGCCCCUGGUCGCCAAGCCCGGAGACUUAUGGAAGGAUUUGACUUCAUGGACUUGGCAGCAAACGAGGACCACUUCAAUGCUCGUACAAUGAGCGCAUUUGACGGCCCUCCGAGAUGGCACAGACUCACAGGAGCAAUAAAUGCCAUUACUUUAUUCGGCAGGGGCUUUGGUAAUCUUCUGAAACCAAAAGAGAUGGUGCCUGUCUGCUCCUCAUGGACCACUGUCCCAUCAGGCAAGGAUUACCUCGCUGCGAGGGUUGAAGACAUUCUAAUAAUUAUGAGAAAGAAGGGAAACAGCUUGGGCUCGCCAUGGCGCGUUAUAGACAACGUCUAUUGGCAUAUGCCUGACAAACUAUUCGAGAAUUGCCAAUGCAUUGAAGACGAUUCUUCGAAGGAAUACUGCAAUCACGCCCAAGAACUACUAAUUGGCCCUGAGAUCACCAAGCACCCUUCUGGAAUUAUUAGUCCACUUAGAUUAGAACCAGAGGGUGCUAUUAUCUUUGAUGGCUCGCCUGAAACCGAUCUCUUCCCGACUCCAGAGAUAUCGUUUUCCUCGACCUUGAGCGGAUUCAAGAGCCCUGCCAAUGACAGUGCGAUCAGUGUUGGAUACAGUCCCGAUUCAGGCACUCAAGAAGGUAGUUCCUCAAAGGCUGAAGGGAAGCGACCAGUAAGUGACUGUAAUACUGUACCAAAUUCUCGGAAACGGAUUCGUCGUGUUUCCUCAAACUCGAGCGGCGAUAUACUUCGUACAGAGAGAGCGCCAGAUUUCCGCGGCCAGUCCCGCAAUGAAUUUUUCCUGACGUCCGGGUCGUCAUCCCAGUGUUCUUCAGCGGACAGCCUCCGGGGGUCUCGAGUUGAAAGCAGCAUUUCCAGCCGCAUCACAGCGAUGGAAAACGUGGAAAAUAUGGAACUGGACCCGGUUGAAUACAAAGUUGGCUGGAUUUGUGCACUGCAAACAGAGCUGGAUGCGGCGCAAAGAAUGCUGGACAGAAUUCACACUAAGGGCUUCGGACAUGGAAUGGACUGCAAUCUGUAUAUCCUAGGGCAAAUCGGCCAGCUCAAUGUCGUGCUAACCUGCCUUCCAAUGGGCCAAUAUGGGAAUAACAUCGCAGCUGUGGUAGCCACGCGCAUGAUGAAUCGGUUCCCUGAGAUCUCUAUAGGGUUGAUGGUCGGCAUUGGAGGAGGAUUGCCAAGCGCAAAAAAUGACAUUCGGCUUGGAGAUGUGGUUGUUAGCAUUCCACAUCUUCAGUACGGAGGUGUUGUGCAGUACGAUAUGGGCAAGUUUACCAGUGACGGUUUUAUCACAACUGGCUCCCUCAAAGCUCCUCCAGAGAAGUUAUUGCAGGUGCUAAACUUCAUGCCCUCCCAUGGUUCCCCGAUUCCUGGGCUCCCUGAUAUCGAAUACCCGGGUGUCGAACUAGAUCAGCUUUUCGAUUCAUCUUAUACUCACACCGUGGAUGCCGAUACUUGCAUCUCCUGCGACGCUCAACAGGUCGUGCCGCGACCAAGGACCCGGACGACCACAUCUCCUCGCGUCUUUUACGGGACAAUUGCCUCCGGAAAUUCAGUAGUCAAAAACUCGAAGAUAAGGGAGAUACUAAUCCAGAAACAUGGUGUUCUGUGCUGUGAGAUGGAAGCCGCGGGCUUGAUGAAUACAAAGUUUCCAUGCCUUGUUAUUCGAGGGAUCUCAGACUACGCUGAUUCGCACAAGAACGAGAUUUGGAUGAAGUACGCAGCCGCUGCUGCGGCUCAAUAUGCUCGGGAUCUUCUUCGGACAAUGCCUGCAGAUAUUGCGCUUGCGAUGGAAAUAGAGUACAGUACCUUUUCUAAUCCUAGGAUUGCUUCCAUGUCCCUGCUAGCUUAG